GCAGCGGGUCUGAAAAUGUGGCUGGAUUACUUUUACCUGGCUCUGGUUCUCUACGCCGACGGCUCUCAGGCAGUACCUCCAGAGUGCAGUCCAGGGGGUCACACUGUUCUGCAGAACCCCUACCGGAGCACAAGUUUCACCUCUCAGCAGCUGCCCCAGUCAGCCCUGCAGGAGAAGCUCAUCUGUGACCACUCACUGGCUCCUGGGUGGUACCAGUUCCAGAUCUUUGAUAAACCAGCCCGUAUGCCCACCAAAUGUGUGGAGGUGAAUCACUGUGGAACCCAAGCUCCUGUUUGGCUCUCUCUGGCUGAGGGGGAGAGUCUCCCCCAGGCCCUAGAAGUAAAGCAGCUGACCGCUUGUGCUACCUGGCAGUUCUUCAAUGGACCCAGUAAGGACUGCUGUCUGUUCCGGCUGCCUGUGUCUGUGCGUAACUGUGGGGAGUUCUUCGUGUACCUGCUCCAGCCUACACAGGGCUGUAUGGCUUACUGCGCUGAGGAAAUGUCAGACUCCACACAGCUGAGCUGCGAGCCAGCACACAGGAAUACAGAUGGAACUUGCAAUGAUAAGCAGCCCCCAUCUCCCUCUGUGCCUGAGAUUGUGGCUGAGCUGUCGGGAACCAGUGUGUACCUAAAGUGCAUGUUUAAUGGUCUCAGUGGGAACAGUUCUCUGGGUUAUGUUGUGACGUGGUGGCGUCUGUCCCCGGACAGCAGCAAAGAGGAUCUCAGGCAGGAGACCACCAUACAGACCUUUGCCUUCAUUGAGUUAGAUGGCAUCAACCUGCGACUAGGAGACAGGAUCUAUUGUAGUUGCUCUAGUUUCUUUCUGGAUGCUCCAGAUGUACAGGGUCUCUCAGUGGAGAGUGAGGAGUUCUUUGCUGGGAUUCGGCUGAAGCCUGAGCUUGCCUCCAUCUCAGAGGAUGGGAAGGAGUAUGAGCUGGUGAUAGAAAGCACUGUUCCUGUACCCUGCAUUUCAGAGACAUGCACACUUCCAUUACAACUCAGCACCAGCAGCCAAGAUGAGGAGUCUCUGGGUGCCGACCUGGUUCUGUCCUCCUGCGAGGUGAAGCUGUCUCAGGCGUUAUGCCACAGUGGAGUGUGCGGUCAGGCACUGCUGCACUACAGCCCAGUCACUGACACCAUCACAGAUGGAGACAGAAGCACCCAGAUUUACAUUAAGCCUAUAGUCAGCACCAACUUUCUCUGGAAUGGAUACACACCUCAAAAUGUGCAGAUAAUUGUAAAAGACAUCCCAUCUGCUUACUGUUAUGUUUUCACUGAUCCACACAUCAUCACCUUUGAUGGCAGGAGGUAUGAUAAUUUCCAGAUAGGCACUUUUGUGCUGUACCGGAGCUCAGCUCGGCCAUUUGAGGUGCACGUGCGUCAGUGGGAGUGUGCUAGUGUGACAGCCCACCCCACAUCCUGUGUGUGUGGCUUUGCAGUCAGAGAUGGUGGCAAUGUUAUCACUUUUGACAUGUGUAACGGCUUGGCUGGAGAGACAAAACCACGCCUGACAGUGAAGAGUGGAAGCCUGGUGAAGAGUGGAAUCCGCAUCACUGAGUCCUAUCAGGGCCGCAAAGUCACUCUGUCAUUUUCUUCAGACACAUUUGUGCGGGCAGAUGUGGCUGACUGGGGCAUGAGCCUGACUGUUAGGGCCCCUAGUUCUGAUAGAGGCCACACUGAGGGCCUGUGUGGAACCUUUGAUGGACGUCCACUCAAUGACUACCACAAGGAGGGAGGAGAGGCCGUGGAAGACAGCGCUUCUUUCAUUAACACAUGGAGGAUAACACCAAGCACCAGCCUUUUUGACAAGGUCCCACCCGAUGAGGGCACCCAAAACACCCAGCGCUACUGCCAAUGUAAUCAGGAGCCCCGCCAGUCAGGCCUUAGAGCCCGACCUCAGUUUAGCCCCUCCUCUUGCUCUCAUUUGGCCCACCUCCAUUCUCCUUCCAUCAUCCCUGCUCUGGAUGUCACGGCAGACUACAUCAGCUAUCAGACCGUCAAACAAGCCUCCUUCUCCUCAGCUUAUCAGAGUCUAAGUCAGUCAGACCUGGAAGGCUUUACCUAUUUUUUCCCUGAGGACCAUGUGGUGUCUAACCAGCCUGAACUGUCCACACCAGCCUGGCCCACUGAAUCUGGCCUGACGGAGCCAGCUGCCCGGCAACUCUGCAGGGGAGCCCUGCGGAACUCCACUGCUGGACUGGGUUGUGGUGAUCUCCUGGUUGGAGUGAUGGAGCAUGCCCUGGAAAUGUGUGUGCUGGACCUGCAGCUGAAGGAUGACCAGGCCUGGCUGAUAGGCACUGUGCCCCUGCUGGAGAAUGAGUGUGAGAGGAGACUUGUGGAGGAGGUGGGAAGAAGGGAGGAGCUCCGCAGUAUACUAACUUUCCUCAGGUGCCCCAACCUUUGUAGUGGCAAUGGACAGUGCACUGAGCGAGGCUGCACAUGCUUCCCUGGGUUUGGCUCGUAUGACUGUAGCCACGUCUCUGAUGAGACUUCAGAGAUCACUGAGCUGGAGGGUGGAGGACUCUGUGAUGUUAGACACAGCUCCUGCUCUACCGUCCGAGUUCUGGGACAGGGCUUCAGAAACGCUUUUGAACUGAAAUGUGAGGUUAUGAAGGAGAAGGUAGUAGAUGGUGAGUGGUCACUUGGUGAUUCUCUGAUGGUUCCUGCAUCGUUCCUCAGCUCUUCUGCAUUAGAGUGUCAGCUCCCUGUAGAAGACAUGCAGUCUGCUGAUGGCCCACAUCCACCAGUCACUCGCUGGCAAAUCAAGGUUUCCAAUGAUGGCUACAGCUUCAGCAAUGCCAAGAUUCUUACUCUGUUUGAUGGAACAUGUCAAGAGUGCACACUCAGCGACGGGGUUCACUGCACUUUGAAGAACAGAAGCUGUAACAUUGAUGGUCAGUGUUAUGGAGAAGCCGAGCGCAGUCCCAGCAGCCUGUGCCUUACCUGUCGGCCUGAGCUUGCCAAAUAUACCUGGUCCAUCAGUGAGAAAAACGAGCCUCCAGUGUUCCACUCAGAGCAAACUUACCUGCGGACGUUUUACGGGGAAAACUUUGUGUACCAGUUUUUAGCCACUGACCCUGAAGGUUCUGCAGUUCUGUUUACACUGGUGUCAGGACCUAGAAGUGCAGUACUCUCUCCUGCUGGCUUGCUCAUUUGGAAAGCUCUGUCAUCCUCCCCUGUGACCUUUGAACUGGCCAUAACAGAUGACUGUAAUGCAGAGACUCAGGCGGCAGUAGAGGUUUCAGUUCGUCAGUGUGAGUGCCAUCAUGGAGCCUCCUGUGUUACCAACAUUAACUUCCCUCCUGGCAGUGGAGAGUACCUAUGUGUGUGCCCAGCUGGUCUAGAGGGAGAGAAAUGUGAGACUGACAAGAAUGACUGCAGAUCUAACCCAUGCUGGAGGGGUGAAUGUGUAGAUGGGCUGAAUUCUUUCACAUGUCGCUGCCCAGAGGGUUUCACCGGUGUGAUAUGUGAGGAGGACAUUGAUGAGUGUCUGUUAGCUCCAUGUUUCCCUGGAGUGGCCUGUGAAAACACACUUGGGUCAUUUAAGUGUGGACCCUGCCCUGACCACCUUAGUGGGGAUGGAAGAAGCUGCAGCCGUAAAUCGGGGCUUGAUGUAGAUAGAGAACACCUGGGAGCUGACAGGGGAAUUAAGUUUGGACAUUCUAAACCCAACCUUGGGCGAGUAAAUCAGAGCCCAUGCUCCAAUCAGCCCUGUGAUCCAAGAGUCCAGUGCUUUGAGAGUGUGUAUACAUCUGCUGGCUACGUUUGUGGUCCCUGUCCCCCAGGACUCCAUGGCAAUGGGCAGACCUGCACCUCAAGAUCAGCAAACAGGCAAACACCAGGUACUAGAGAAAGAGACAGGCCUGAAGUCAUUCCCCCCACUUCCUCCACUUCUCAGAAAGCUGCUGAACCUCCUGUGAGAGCUGAAAGACCAACCCCUAGCAAGAAGAGACCCUCACCCACUAACCGAAAAACCUCUUUAAGCAGUGCUGACCAGACUAUCAACCAUGCUAAAGCUUCUGAGACUGGAGAGCAGCUGCAUGAGGAAGAAUUUGUGCCUGCGUUGGUUGAGGAUGGCAGGACUUGUGCAGACUCCCCCUGCUUCUCUGGUGUGGCUUGUGAGCCUACAUCCACUGGACACUUCAAGUGUGGCCGCUGUCCCCAUGGCUAUAAGGGGGAUGGAAUCACCUGCAAAGCGGUAUGUCGCUACCAGUGUGGUGAGAACAUGGAGUGCACUCUUCCUAAUACUUGCAGCUGCAAAGAAGGAUACACUGGCUACAACUGCCACAUUGCUGUUUGUCGUCCUGACUGCAAGAACAGAGGGAAGUGUGUAAAGCCCAAUGUCUGUGAGUGCCCUGCAGGAUACAGUGGCCCAACCUGUGAGGAAGUAAACUGUGAUCCACCAUGUGAAAAUGAAGGCAGCUGUCUGUCCAGAAACCUGUGCACUUGCCCCUAUGGCUAUGUGGGGCCACGUUGUGAAAUUAUGGUGUGUAACAGACACUGUGAGAAUGGCGGGGAGUGUGUAUCUCCUGACGUGUGUAAGUGUAAGCCAGGCUGGUAUGGACCAACAUGUAACUCAGCUGAUUGUAAGCCUGUGUGCCUGAACGGCGGCACCUGCAUCAAGCCUAACAUCUGUGCAUGUCCCACUGGCUUUUAUGGAUCACAGUGCCAAAUAGCUGUGUGCAGCCCACCCUGCAAAAACCGCGGACAAUGCAUGAGAAACAACGUGUGCUCCUGUCCUGAAGGUUACACCGGCAAGAGAUGCCAAAAAAGUGUGUGUGAUCCCAUGUGCAUGAACAAAGGAAAGUGUGUGGGUCCAAACACUUGUUCCUGUGCCUCUGGUUGGCGGGGGAACAUCUGCAACAUCCCGGUGUGCUUACAGAAAUGUAAAAACGGGGGUGAGUGUGUGGGUCCCAAUACCUGCCACUGUCCUGCUGGAUGGGAGGGUUUGCAAUGUCAGAAUCCCAUCUGCAAGAAUAAGUGUCUCCAUGGUGGAAGGUGUGUGCUGCCCAACUACUGCCACUGUCGCCCGGGGUACAGCGGGCCCACCUGUGCCACUAGAACCAGAUGAUGAAAGAAGAGCAGGAGACCAGGCAGACUUGAGGAACUGGCUUUGAUGAAGGUCCUGUCUGUGGUCUGCCUCAGAGAAACUAUGAGCAGUUUAGUAGUGUGCGUAUGAGGGUGUGUGUCAUACAGACACUACCGGUCAAAAGUUGGAAUUACUGUUUUUAAAAACCAUGUUUGUUGCAGAUUCAUGCAUUAAGUUAUUGAAAUAUGAUGCUAAUAUUCCAGGUUUCAAAUGUGACAAAAUCUCACUCAUCAAAUAAAUAACAAGUAAUGACUAUAUGGAAAACUUUGAUUUUUGAAUUAUAUUUUGAUGUUUUUCAAAAUCAGUAAAGUAAAAGUACA